GGAAGCCCCGCCCCCGGCGGCGGCAGGCGGCGCUGCGGUUGGUCGGCGGCGCUGCCGCUCAGAGCGGGGUCGGAGGUCAGAGUGCGCGGAGUUUCAGAUGCCUCUGGAUGUUCAAUGAUAGCACUCCUCCAUACUGGAGCAGCAAAGUUUCCCCAAAACUUACUUCCAAGGGCAAGACAAGCUGUGUGCUCCCUCCUCCCGCCUGGUGUUCUCAAAGGGUACGGCUCCAUCGUAAGCAGGAAACUGGCGUCCCACGGCUUUGGAGCUUCCAUGGCAGCAAUGUCGUCCUUCCCUCCACAGAGAUAUCACUACUUCUUAGUGCUGGAUUUUGAGGCCACGUGUGACAAACCACAGAUUCAUCCUCAGGAGAUCAUCGAAUUCCCUAUCCUGAAGCUGAACGGCAGGACGAUGGAGAUCGAAUCCACCUUUCACAUGUAUGUUCAGCCUGUGGUGCAUCCCCAGCUUACGCCCUUCUGCACAGAGCUGACUGGGAUUAUUCAAGGCAUGGUGGAUGGGCAGCCCAGCCUCCAGCAAGUGCUUGAGAGGGUUGACGAGUGGAUGGCGAAGGAAGGCCUCUUAGAUCCCAGCGUCAAGUCGAUUUUUGUGACCUGUGGAGACUGGGAUUUGAAAGUGAUGUUACCAGGACAAUGCCAGUACUUAGGGCUGCCGGUUGCUGAUUACUUCAAACAGUGGAUUAAUCUGAAAAAGCUAGGCAUAAACUCCUUCUCCUAUUUUGUGGCCCGCUGGGGAGGGAAGCUCUGAUCACCCCGAAGCCUGAGCCUCGCCAAGAGCCAUCCCACAGCAUCCCCAGAGGGUUUUGGUGGCGCAGAGAUGAAAUCUCAGCGCUCCGUUUGGCCAGGAUUUGGUCCAAGACUCAGUACAGCUCGGGGCAUGCCACGUCCCAUGUCCGGGCAGCAGGUGCCUUUCUGAAGGCGUUUUCACGUGGGCUCUGCCUGCUGCAACUUUCUGCCUUUUCUCCCUGCCCCUGCUCUUCCCCCGUUCGUCCCACCCCACACUGGGUGCCUGGGGCUGCUCGCUGCAGCAGUUGUGGGGGUCUCUCUGCCUGGGAUGAGCAGCGACCUCUCGCAGAGCCGUGGGACCUGCCGGCAGGCUGCAGCGCGUCCUGCACCCCCUGGAGCCCAGCAGCACGGCGAUGCACGCUGCCAAACGGGAGGUCUCUGUUUCCACGCUACGUCUUCAAUGCUGCAAAAUAAACUAUAAUGUCCUGAAGGAGCGUCACGGCAAGAAUUUUUCUCCUUCAUGCUGAGAGGUGGGAGAAUGAAGCCCCUUUUUCCCCAAAGGAGGAGGUGGGAUGCCUUCAGGAGGAGCUGGAGGUAGCGGUGUCAUCUGGAGACGUGCAGAGGACCUGCGGCCAGGCUGAGGCUCCCUCCGGGCCGUUGGAAGACUUUUCACGUGACGUUGGAAGGAACAGGCAUGGGACAUCCAUUUUGUUUUAUUCUUUUUAAACAAACUGUGGAUAUUUAGCGUGUGGAUUUGUGCCAACUUGAGGAAAGCCUGCUCUCUCUGCUUUCCCGGCGUUGUAACCUCUGUCAGCCUGGCUCUGAUUGAUGCUAUUAAUAUUUUAGAGAUCAUUUAGGAUCUCCGACUUGGCUGGGCUCCUCGCUCGGGGAAGAGCUGUCCCACCUGGAUGCCUGCAGCUGCCGGAGGAGCUCGCUUGCUGCCUGCUGCUGUGGUUUGUAGGAGGCUGGCCUGCAGGUGAGCCGGGCUGCCGGCACCGAUGGGAGCACAAAGCCUUCAGACAGCAACUCGCCAGCCUCCAGCAGGUCCAGCCCGGCCCCUUCUGCUGGUGAGGGUCUUUGAGCCAGCCUGGGACGUUCCCUUCUGCCCUGGCCUUGUGGCAAAGGGAACGGCUUCCCACUGGACUCGUCCCCGCUGGCUGCGUUUGGCCAAGGUCCGUGCUGCAGAGGGCUCUCCCCAUGCCUCUGCUCACCCCUUCCAGCUCCUGGAGCCUGCCCCAGCGGAGCUGCCCAGCCCACAGGAGCUCUGCAUCUCUCGGUGUUCUGGCCUCCCUUUGCCAUCACGCCAGGUGUGAUUCUGGAAGAGAAUCUGCUGCAGCCCUGCCGGUGGGGUCACUCUUCAAGCUCAAGCUGUAGAUCCUGCACGUGCCCUCGUGGCCCCCGGAUCCAUCCCCAGUGCCAACCAGGAAGGCGACUGGUGUCCUGCUGGGGUGCUCUGCCCCGCACCAUCUCCAGCUGCCUCCCGGGGGCUGCGUGCACCCAUCCUGCGCCUCUGCUGUAAGCGGCGGAGCUCAGUGUCCAUCACUGCCAUGCGGGAGGGCUCUCGGGUAAUGCUCUGCUUGCUCAGCAUUCCCCGUGGGGCCCCCGAAAUCCAGCACGGGGCCACCACGCCACGGGCACGGGGGCUCCGACAGAUCCAGGAGACGGUGAAGCUGUUUGAUUGAAUCCCAGACUGUGUUUGCUCUGCCUAAUUAUCAAAAGUAUGAGUUUGUUCUGCUAGGUGCACAUUAUGCCUUUAUUGUGGUGUAAUUAUGCCAGCUGCCUAUGUUUAGUGUCAUAAAAAGGAAUAAAAUGCCCAUUACCCGCCUAAAGAA